UGCGUCAAGAUGAGCGGAGAGACUCUGGGGCUUGUGCUGAACGACGGGCACGGGCUGCUGCUCAAGGCAGAGGGAGACCUCGUAUAUUCAGCGCUUGACCAGAAGAAUGGUUUCUUCACUUGCAUCGCUGAGAAGGCCAUCGACCUAGGACAGUUCGCAGAAGGAAACGACGAUGACGACGCUGCCGAGCGCGACGAGGAUCCGCCGCUGCCCACCGUGCGCCUGGAGACGACUAGGCGCUCCCUGUUGAUCGCAAAGUUCGAGAUGGGCGGACGUGAACGCACGCUCGUGGUAUCGAAGCUUCGAGGCCAAGCGAAUGGCGACUAAUACAGUACAGGGGAAAUUAUGCUAAAAGUGCUUUGUUCUUAUUAUCAAGAGUCAUAAUAUGAUAACAAGUACUACGUCGUAUAUUAUACUUGUA